UUGUUUCUUCUUUCCUUCCUCCCUUCCGUCCUUCCUUCCUCGCUUCCUAUAUUCCUUCCUUCCUUCCGUCCACCUUCUUUCCUUCCUUUUUUUCUUCCUUCCUUCCUUCUUCAUACAAUCGUUCCUCCCAUUCUUUCCUCCUUAUUUCCUUCCUUAAUUCCUUCCUUCCUUCCUUCCUUCCUUCCUUCCUUCCAUUCUUUCUUUCUUCCUAUCUUCCUUCAUUAUUUCCGUCCUACCUUCCAUCCAUUCUUCCUUUUUUCCGUCCUUCCUUCCUUCCUUCCUUCCUUCCUGCCUUCCUUACGGCCUUCUGCCUUCCUUCCAUUCUUUCUUUCUUCUUUCCUUCCUCCCAUCUUUCCUUCAAUCCUUCCUUCUAUACUUCUUUCCUCCCUUCAAAAUUACUUAUCUAUCUUCAUUUGUUUCUACAUCCUUCCUCCCUUCUGUCCGUCCUUUUUUCCUCUUGUCCUUCUUCCAUUAUAUCUUCAUUCCCUCCUUCUUUCCUUUCUUCCUUCCUUCCUUCCGUCCUUCUUCCUUCCUUCCAAUCUUCCUUCCUUCUUUCCUUCCAUUUCUUCAUUCCUUCCUACCAUCCAUUCUUUCAUCCUUCCGUUCUUUUUUCAAACCUUCUUUCCAUUCUCUCGUCUUUCCUCCCAUUCUUUCUUUCUUCCUUCCUUCCGUCCUUCUUUUAAUCCUUCCUUCCAUCCUUCCUUCCUUCCUUUAAUCCAUUCCUUCCUCCCUUCCUUCCUCCCUUCUUUCCUUUCUUCCUCCCUUCCGUCCUUCCUUCUUUCCUUCCUUCCUUCCUUCCCUCCUUCCGUCCAUCCUUCCUUCCUUCCAUUCGUACUUCAUUCUUUCUUUCCUUCCUUCCUUCGUUCCUUCCUUCCAUAUUUUCUUCUUUCUUCUUUCCUUCCUUCCGUACUUCCAUCCUUCCAUUCUUCCUUCCUUUCUUCCUUCCUUAAUUCCUUCCUUCCUUUGUUCUUUCCGUCCGUCCUUCCUUCCUUCCACUCUUCCUUCCUCUCUUCCUUCCUUCAAUCCUUCUUUCCUUCCAUACUUCCUUCUUUCCUUUCUUUCUUCCUUCAUUCCUUUCAUUCUUCCUUCCCUCCUUCCUUCUUUCCUUCCUUUUCUUACUUCCUUCCUUCCAUUCUUCUUUCCUUCCGUCUUUCUUUCAAUCCUUCCUUCCUUCCAUCCAUUUUUCUUCUUUCCUUCCCUCCUUCCUUCCUUCCUUUUUUCCAUUCUUCCUUCCUUCCUUUCACCCUUCCUUUUUUCAUUCCUUCCUUCCUUCCUUCCUUCCUUCCUACCAUUCUUCCGUCCUUCAUUCCGUCCUUCAAUCUCCUUCCAUUCUCCCUUCCUUUCUUCCUUCCUUCAAUCCUUCCUUCCAUCCUUUCAUUCUUCCUUCCUCCCUCCCUCCCCUUCUUCUUUCCUUUUUUCCGUCCUUUCUUCCAUUCUGCCUUCCUCUAUUUCUUCCUUCAAUCCUUCUUUUCUUUUCAUACUUCCUUCCUUCCUUUUUUCUUUCCUUCCUUCCAUUUUUCUUCCCUCCCUCCCUUCCUUCCAUUCUUCCUACCUUGUUUCCUUCCUUCCUUCAAGCCUUCUCUCCUUGUAUUCUUUCUUUCUUUCUUCCUUCAUUCCUUCCUUCCGUCCUUCCUUUCUUCCAUUAUUCCUUCCCUCCGUCCUUCCUUCUUUCCAUCCAUUCCUCCUUCAUUCCUUCCUCCUUUCUUUCCUUUCUUCCGUCAUUCCUUCUAUUCUUCCUUCCUUCCUCCCUUCUUUCCUUCCUUCCGUCAUUCCUUCUAUUCUUCCUUCCUUCCAUUCUUUCUUCCUUCCUUCCUUCCUUCCUUCCAUUCUUCUUUUCUUCCUAGCUUCAAUCCUUCCCUCCUUGCUUCCAUUCUUUCUUCCUUCCCCCUUCCUUCAAUCCUUUGUUCCUUCCUUCGAUUCUUUCUUCCUUCCUUCCUUCCAUUCUUCCUUCCUUUCUUCCUUCCUUCCAUCUUUCCUUUCUUCCAUUCUUCUUUCCUUCCUUCCUCAUUUCUUCCUUCCUUCCUUCAAUCCUUCCUCCCUUUCAUUCUUCCUUCCUUCCUUCCUUCCUUCCUCCCUCCCUCCAUUCUUUCCUUCCUUUCGUCAUUCCUUCUAUUCUUCCUUCUUUCUUUCCUUCCUUCAAUCCUUCCAUUCUUUCCUUCCUUCCUUCCUUCCUUCCAUUCUUCCUUGCUUCCUUCCUUCCUUCCUUCCAUUCUUCUUUCCUUCCUUUCUUCCUUCUUUUCUCUCUUCCUUUUUUCCUCCUUUCCUUCCUUUCAUUCUUCUUUCCUUCCUUCCUACUUUUAUCUCUUCCUUUUUUCCUUCCUAACAUUCUUCUUUGUUCCUUUCUCCCAUUCUUCCUUCCUUCAUUUCUUCCUUCAAUCCUUCCUUCCUUCAUUCUGUCUUCAUUCCGUCCUUCCUUUCUUCCUUCAUUCCAUGCUCCCUUUCUUCCUUCAAUCCUUCCUUCAAUCCCUCCUUCCAUUCUUUUUUCUUUCCUUCCUUCCUUCCUUCCUUCCUUUCUGUCUAUGCAAUCCACAAAUCCCAUUUAAGAAAACAUUUAUAAAAUAUAAAACGGGAAACUGCCAACUUAAAAAAAGAAAUAAACAGACAGGAAGAAAAAUAAAAGAAUAUGGCGAAUAA